AUGAGCUCAGAACCAGUAAAAAUUCCCCUACCAUCAAGUCCAGUCGUAGCUACAACGAGUUGGUUACCAUGGGAUUCGGGGUUGGGAAGUGCUGUUUGGUUGUGUGCUUUCGCGAACUUCAUCAACAGUGCAGAUCGAGUGAUUAUGCCGAUCGCCAUCGGAGGUUUAUCUUCGGAUUACGAAUACAGUUUAGUUCAACAAGGAUGGAUUCUGAGUGCAUUUCCAGCUGGUUAUAUUAGUUCGCAGAUAAUCGGAAGUUGUGCAGGUUCACAACUCGGUGGUCGUCGUCUCCUAUUGGGUGUGGUACUUCUGUGGUCGUUGAGUACAUUGCUGACACCCUUUGUAGCAUCAUCGUUUUAUAUGCUCAUUUUCACGCGGAUCGUUUUGGGCUUAGGUGAAGGUCUUGGUCUGCCAACAAUGUAUCAUAUUUUGGCCGAGUCGGCACCACCUCGGCAACGAUCCGCAACAUUCGCGUAUCUAUCGGCAGCUGGCUCUAUCGGUCAAACAGUUGCUUCACUGGUAUGUCUUUAG